UUUUGACCCCAGCAGCGAGCCGGCGGGAGGAAAUUGAAGUGUGUAUCGCAUUAAGCUGCUUUGAAAGUUCCUGUCUUCCUUACUAAGCAUGGAUCACAUGAGGGAGGAGUGCAAGAUCCAGGCUUUCGACUCAGAAACUCAGCACCUGAUUAAAGCAGCACUAAAAGACCCCUCUGCAGUCGACUUAGGAAAGCUGUCUGAAGCCAUUGUGGACCAGUCACUGAAGGACAGGUCCUUAUGCAGAGAUGCAGGACACAUCUGCUAUGCUUUAGUACAGACGGAGGCAAAACACAGCAAUAUGAACGUGUUUCGGAGAAACCUGCUGACCCGACUCCAGAAAGAGUUCAUGGAGAGAGAAGAGACGCGCAAGCGCUCUGUGCAGGAGUGGGUGUGCGUCGUCUCCUUCAUCUGUAACGUAUUCGAUUACCUGAAGGUGAACAACGCCCCCAUGACUGCGCUGGUGGAUCCAGUGUAUGACUGUUUGUUCAGGUUGUCUCAGCCAGAUGCUCUAUUGAAUGAGGAGGAGGUGGACUGUUUAGCGCUGCAGUUACACCGCGUGGGUGAACAGCUGGAAAAGCUGAACGCCCAGCGCAUGGACCAGCUGUUCUACUUGCUGCGAGAUGGCUUCCUGUUGCAGGACGACCUGAGCUCCAUGACCCGCCUGCUGCUGCUGGAGGUGCUGGAGUUUCGGGCCAGCGGCUGGACCCUCAGUGCUGCAGCCCAGCGGUACUACUACAGCGAGGUGGUGGACUGAACCAGCAUAACGGUGCUUUUACUCCAGCAGGGUGACACCCUGCCAGCUUUGGAGUUCAGCCAGCUGUUCUGGAGCUGGUGCGGACCGGUUGGAGAGAGUUUAGAGGAGGUUUGGGAGGCCCGAGCUUGGUGUGGUUGAAGCAGUUGUGUGUUUGUGGGCUCGUUGCCUGCAACUCUGCUCGUACGUUUGGUUAUAUGGUGUUUAAAUUUGAAGGCAGUCAUGAGUGGUUCUGUUAUGUCGUCUCAGUUACAGUUUGUGCAAUGGCACCACCGAGGGACAGUCAGUAAACCCUGAAAGGGUAUAUGUAUGAGGUGGUGAGCCAAAUAAAGCAUGAAAAAUGAGAGCAGUGACCCUGAAAAAGAACUAUAGUAACACAACAGAAACUUCUACAGAGUAACACUGCAGUAAAUUCAGGCAUUUACUGUAGUUCUCUAUACAAGUAUUAUAAAUUACAAUAGGACAGUUCUACAGGAAUAUAUCAGGAAAAUAUAAGAGAUUAUUAUAGAAAUGUUAUACAGCACUACAGAAAUAGUAAUGCUGUAGCUCUUUUUUGUAAGGGUGCACUUCUUACUCUUUUUGGUAAUUGGUUGGUGGUUUUCUUUACUAUGGAUGCUUUAUACUAAUGUGAAUUUUGUAAUUGUUUAAACAUUUUUUACAUUCCAAAAGAUUUCAAAUAAAGUCUAAGUUAAAAGGGAA